AUGUUUGCCACUUCUGUUCGCAUGUCGAAGCCUGGCUUCUUUCGAAACAGUGCAGAUGAGCUGAGCCGGACGGCGCGAAUAAUUUGGAGGCUCGAAGGGCUUGACAUAGCCAGGGACCAAUACCACCUACUCGACUUCACAAAGGAAAGCGCCGUACAAUCAUGCAAGACUAUGGCAGAUCGUGCGGUGGGGGGAUAUAGUACGGCGAGUCUGGAUUAUGUUCCGGCAGACCCGGCGACGAAUAUGCCAGCGCACGCUCGAUUCCACGGAUCUAUAUCGACGAAGUUACCGAAGGAUUGGAGGAUACAAAGAACAGGAUACGCGGCCUUCCGAAAUCAAGACCGCGGUUUCUGGCUUUUUGGCAGGCUGUACUGGGACAUUGAUCCGUACGCAUUCCUGGCUCUGCGGGUGAAGUCAGACGGAAGAAGAUAUACGGUCAACAUACAGACAGACUCGAUCAUUGAAUCUGACAUUCACCAACACCGCCUCUUUACUCGACAUCACCGCAUAUUCAACCGACCCACUGAUCACCUUACCUCCUCCACAAUCACGCCAGAGGAAUCACUAUCCGAACCUGAAUCCGAAUACGACUUCCCUUCUACCACUACUUCCUCACCUUCUCAUAUACCCGCCGCCCUGGCCGAUUUCCCUCCCCCAGAAGAAGCUCCAACAACCACAACAUCAUCAUAUAUAACAAACCCACAACCCGGCUCAACAGGAUGGGAAACGAUACUUAUCCGAUGGUCAGACUUCGUACGAACGAAUAUGGGCACGGUCAUUGAGCCGCAAACCGGCCUGCUACGACAGCGAGUCAAGUCGAUUGGCAUUGGCUUGACGGACCGAGUAGAAGGGCCAUAUGAUCUGCGUAUUCAUCAGAUGUGGGCGACCAACGGGCUGGGCGGGGAGGAACUAGAGGAGGAAAAGAGGAUUUGUGGAGAAGAUUCAGUUUAUACUUCUGCUCCAGGCUCUGCCUCCGCGGAUGCAUCUUCUUCACACGCCGAGGGGAGGAAGUCUAGGCCUGCAAACGAGUAUCCGUCCCUGGUCGAGAGCGAGUCCAAGGGCCUCGAUCGGUUUAAGAAUUUGAAAGGAUUCCAGAAAAAGUGA